AUGGACACAGACACAGGCAUGCACCAAAACCAACACAACAACCAACAGUUCAAAACACUGCACCACAACCAACAGUUCAAAACACUGCACCACAACCAACAGUUCAAAACACUGCACCACAACCAACAGUUCAAAACACUGCACAGCAACAACCACAAACAGAGCAAGGACAUAAAAGAAGUAGAGAACAAGGAAACCAAGAAUUCUUAA